AUGGGUAUUGCUAAGAAAAUACAGGUCAUAAUUUUAAUUGUUGCAUUAUCCGCUUAUUGUACACAAAUAACUGCGGGAAAUUCGAUUGGUGUCAUUGAAAAUGAGGAGGCCUCCGAAAAUUACGUGUCUAUUAGCAGAAGCAAUAGUGAAGAUUCAAGCAUAGCACAUGGACGGAUUUAUUGCGAUUUUGAGGAACCUACCGAGACUGCUGUUUGCCAAGAACAUUGUUUACCCAAAGGUUAUUCGUACGGUAUAUGCGUCAGCCGUACUUGUAGCUGCAUUUAA